AUGGUGCGCAUGAUCCAACUCCCUUGCGCCCCUGUACGAGUCUUGCGCCGCGUCAUGCGACAAAUCGCUCCCCUGCGAUGGGCGGCGGCGCGGCUGCCACCGGCCUCAGCGGACGAUGGGACGGCCUUGGGCCUUCAAUGCGUCGGCGUCGCGCGCGGUGCGCCGGGGAAGGUCCAGGCCUUUGGGCGUUUGGAGGCGCUGAUGGAUGUCAGGGACCACGAAGGUAUCAGGCUGCUGGGAGCCCCACUCGACACGGGCGAUGGCAGGCAACCGGUUGAACUUCCCGAGUGUCACCCCAUGCUCUCCUCAUCCUUGCAACGUCUCGGCCGACACUUGCACCAGCUGCUGCUUCGUCAUGUUGCUCGAAGGGGCUGGAGCCUCGAUGGCGAAUGGUCCCACGAGUUGUUAUUGAACCUCUACAGCCAGAGUUCUCAUGGAGCAGCGCCCCUUGCGCCGAAGCUGUACGUGCACAAAGAUUUGUCUGCCUUGACGCUUCUGUUGGUGCCUUCGCAUGGUGGUGGCCAACUCUAUGUGAACGAGCAUCCCCUACGAUUCCCCUCCAAGGACACCGGCGCCUUGCUGUUUGGCACCCGUUUCUCAGAGGCCUUUCCCGCUGCCCCUUGCCACGCUGCGACGCCGCACCGCGUCGUGGCACGGACGUCCGGGUCAACACGGCCGCGGCUGAGCGUUGCCUUCUUCUUGGCGCGGGAAAAGGUCUUUGUUAGCAGCUCUGCAAAGCUGGAGCUGAUCCGACGCCUCCGCGGGGCGGGCGUGAUUGGAAAACCUGGAAUUUUCCGCAGCGUCUUCACCGGCUCAACUGUUCGCACUGAACGCACAUCUUUCCGAUCAUUGCGCAGCAUGCUGGACCUGCUCACCAUCUUCUCAGCCACGGGGCUCCAGCAAGAGUUGGAGGCAGCCAAAGGAGAGAAGAGUUUGAUGAUGCGCCAGGACUUGGAGCACACCUUUCUGGAGAGCGCGGCCGACUGCGUGUCACGUGCGCUGCAAGUGGUGGAUGGUGCCAUGGCGCAAGGUGUGGAUGCUCUCCUUGGUUCUGAGACCGCCGAAAAAGCGCCAACGGUGGAGCCAAAGAAAGUGUGA